AAGACGCUCGGCUAAGUAGGCGGGUUUUUAAUUUUCCUGUUGAAGGGAUCCGUUUGUUGCUAUGGUUGAAAAUGUCUCCUUAACAACCGGACUAAAAGUGGAGUGAACUUGGGUUGUAUUACCAAACACUGUGGGGUGGAAUGGCAGAGACAGUAGAGAGCAAGAAAGAAGAGGCAGACUACAAAAGGCUGCACAGCUUUCCUCUUAUCAGGCACACAGACAUGCCAGAGGAGAUGAGAGUUGAGACCAUGGAGCUCUGUGUCACAGCCUGCGAGAAGUUCGCUACCAACAACGAGAGUGCAGCGAAGAUGAUCAAGGAGUCGAUGGAUAAGAAGUUUGGCAGCUCGUGGCACGUGGUGAUCGGCGAGGGCUUCGGCUUCGAGGUGACACACGAGGUCAAGAACCUGCUCUACAUGUUCUUUGGAGGAAGCCUGGCCGUGUGUGUCUGGAAGUGCUCCUAGCAUCAACAACCACACUAGAUCUAUAUAUCUGUGUGUCUAUCUACACUAAUAUAUAAUAUAUAUACACAAAAGUAUAGUGGAUUCGGCCAUUUCAGCCACACCCGCUGACAGGUGUAUAAAAUCGAGCACACAGCCAUGCAAUCUCUAUAGACAAACAUUGGCAGUAGAAUGGCCUUACUGAAGAGCUCAGUGACGUUCAACGUGGCACCGUCAUAGGAUGCCACCUUUCCAACAAGUCAGUUCAUCAAAUCUCUGCCCUGCUAGAGCUGCCCCGGUCAACUGUAAGUGCUGUUAUUGUGAAGUGGAAACGUCUAGGAGCAACAAUGGCUCAGCCGUGAAGUGGUAGGCCACACAAGCUCACAGAAUGCGACCGCUGAUGCGUGUAGCGUGUAAAAACCAUCUGUCCUCAGUUGCAACACUCACUACUAUCUAUCUGUCCAUGGAUCAUCUCUCUCUCUCUGUCGGUUAGCUUUCUCUUUCUUAUUCUCUCCCGUCUGAAUUGAUUUGCCGUAUUCUGUCCAAUUUGACUUGUUCUUAAAGUGCUGUGUGUGAAUUCACUUCGACACAAAUUAAAUGCAGCCAGGGUCUCCAAUAUCCGUGUGUGUGUGUGUGUGUGUGUGUGUGUGUGUGUGUGUGUGUGUGUGUGUGUGUGUGUGUGUG